AUGGCGACCGCGGCCGGGCGUGUGCCGCGCCCUGACCGUGUCGACGCGCCACGAAUGGCGGCCCUCAAACCGCGGCGGCCAACAGGUCGCUACGUGUACGAGUCGUCUUCGGACGAAGACAGCGACGCGGACCCUGUGACAUGGCGCACCGCGCCGCUUUCCCCUCCGGUGCCCGGACUGGAGAGCAGCGACGAAGAGGAGGAUGCGCACGGGCACGACCUCUCUGACGUGCGCCUUGCUAAUGAGCUCGAUCCGUGGGACCGAUGGGAGGCUGCGUGCCAACGUAAAGCAUGGCGCCCUGCCUGGCAACGAGGAUCAACACCGAUGCGCGGCGCGACGCCCCACCGCUCCGGCGGCGACCAGAGCGUGCAUGAGGUCACGGAUCUCCUCUCCCAUUUCCAGCUGCAGCAGAAAGAGGUGGAACGCAAAGAGCGCGAGGCGUUUGACCAGCGCAACGCGAGUCUCUGGGAAGGCAUCGAGGAAGCGAUCCGCGGCGCCGAGAAGCGUGCUGCACACGAGGCCGAGCAGCUUGCCAACGCGCGGCGCCGUCAAGAGCAGGCCGAGGCAGAAGCAAAGAAAGCGCGCACGGCCGAGCUGCGUCGGAUCGAAGAGGAGAAAAAGGCCGCCGAGGAAGAAAAGAAGCGCACCGCCGCCAAAGAGGCCGAGCUCGCGGCGCUGGCGCAGAAGGAAGGCGUGUACAAUACGAUGCGCGGCGGCGAGCGUGUCGGUCCUGUUGCUGCGAAAGAAAUGAAGCACUGGCAGGCCGAGAUGAAGACGAUCAAGGACGAAAUUCUCCCAGCGAUCGCUGCCAACCCCGCAUGGCGCAAGCAGUGCUUUGCGGCGAAGCGCGCCAUCACUCCCAAGAUUGGGCAGCUGACAAACGCGCGCGACGAGAUUGCGCGCAUCACCAAGGCGAUUGCUGCCGUGCUGCACGAGGCGCAGCAAGCGCCGGAAGAAGGCGCACGACGCUACCUGUACUACUGGACACUCAACCACCUUGCCAAGUGCCUUAUCCGGCAGGCCGAACAGGAGGUCGCCGCCCGCCAGGAAACCGCAUACCCCCUCGCCCGCACGGUCCUGGGCCUGCUCCUCCUUGGCCAUCGCGCGUUGGGCGACGUGCUAAUGGCGCGCUUGGUCAAAAAGUGUCCCUAUGUUCUCGGCACGCUGCCCGAGCGCGACGGCGUGGACGAGCGCGCCUACCGCAAGAUGCUCGGCUUCAAGAUCGACGCCGAAGAGACCGCGCACAUGUACACGUCGCGAAUGAGCGGCAUUUGUGCGUUGUACUUUGCCUGUCUCCAGACGUCGCUCUCGUCGGUCGCCGCGUGCAGCGGCCUGGCGCCGGGUUGCGACCUGAAACAGGCGGCCGAGCAUGUGCCGAGCGUCUUUCAGCCGAGCCGUCUGUGGACGUGGCAGGUGCGUGCGACGACGCCGCCGUAUGCACAACAGCCCAUGUUGCCUACUCUCUGGUGUACCUUUUUGGAGGUAGCAGGCACCGCGACCGGCGAGCGGUACGGCCGCCAGGCGCACAAGCUAUGGGCCAUGGUGCUGGAGCACGGUGUGCUACAGAACAAGCUCGGACCGGCCGACGUCCAGGGCGACGCACAGCGCGAUGCGCUGCGCGCUGCGCGUGUACGCCUCCAGCUCAUCCUCGAGUCCUGGCAAAAAACCAAAUCGCUGGCCGAACAUGCUUCGCCAGGGCGCGAAAUGGAGUAG